AUGGAAAAGAAGAAAUUCAGCAAACUGGAAAUUCUAUUAAUCGUCCUCUUCUGUUUGGUGGUGGCUGUGGCCUGUGUCCUCAUCGGGAUUUUAGCAACGAGGGAAACCGUAUCCGAAAGCACCCAAUUUUUCCCAAACUGCCCGCGCGUGGGAACAGCCGAGCGGAUCGACUGCAUCCCGGACCAAGUCGCCACCAAGAGCCUCUGCACCCUCCGCGGCUGCUGCUGGAGCCCCCAGAGCGACACCAACGUGCCGUGGUGCUUUUUCUCUUCAAACCAUGGGUACAAAGUGGAUGGAGGGCUGCGAACAACUCAAGAGGGGUUUCAAGCCACAUUGACACGGCUCUCCUCACCUUCACUUUUCAAGAACGAUAUCAACACCGUCCUCCUCACGGCGCAGUAUCAGACACAAAAUCGCUUUCGGUUCAAGAUCACCGAUCCUAAAACACAAAGGUUUGAAGUCCCCCAUGAGCACGUGGGACCUUUCAGUGGACCGGCAGCCUCCAACUUAAAAUAUAAAGUUGAUGUCCAGCAAAAUCCCUUUGGCAUCAAGGUGACCAGAGCAAGCAACGGAAAAGUUUUGUUCAAUACCACCAUCGGCCCGCUGCUGUAUGCUGAGCAGUUUUUACAGCUCUCCAUCAAACUCCCCAGCAGCAACAUCUACGGGGUGGGCGAGCACGUGCAUAAGCAAUACCAACACGAUGUCAACUGGAAAACCUGGCCCAUAUUCAGCAGGGACACGGCCCCUUCUGGAAACAUGGAUAACCUAUACGGUGUUCAGACCUUCUUCUUGUGUUUGGAAGACAACACUGGAGCCUCUUUUGGUGUUUUCUUGAUGAAUAGCAAUGCCAUGGAGUUCGCCCUGCAGCCGGCGCCGGCUGUCACUUACAGAACAAUUGGGGGAAUUCUUGAUUUUUAUGUCUUCUUGGGAGACACCCCCGAGCAAGUGGUGCAGGAGUACGUGAAGUUCAUAGGGUUGCCAGCAUUGCCUUCCUAUUGGACUCUGGGAUUUCACCUCAGCCACUACGAUUAUGGGUCUCUCGACGAGGUGAAGGCUGUUGUGGAGCGAAACAGAGAAAUCGGACUCCCUUACGAUGUUCAGCACACGGGUAUCAGCUACAUGGAAGCGAGGAAAGAUUUUACUUACGACAAAGUGAACUUCAAAGACCUCCCCAGUUUUCAAACUUAUAUGCGUGACUAUGGGCAAAAAUACAUUAUCAUACUGGAUGCUGCUAUUAGCACAGAGGCUCUCGCUGACGGUUCUCCCUACCGAGCCUAUGAGAGGGGACAAAGCAAGAAAGUUUGGGUUAAUGAGUCGGACGGAGUAACACCGUUAGUUGGAGAGGUGUGGCCAGGCAGAACCGUCUUCCCAGACUUCACCAACCCUGACUGCACCAGCUGGUGGGUGGAGGAAUGCAAAAUAUUUUAUAACCAAGUGCCCUACGAUGGGAUCUGGAUUGAUAUGAAUGAAGUAGCCAACUUUGUUCAAGGCUCAAGUAAUGGCUGUGAGCAGAAUGACUUGAACUAUCCUCCUUUCACGCCNNAUAUUGUUGAUAGACUCUUGUAUUCCAAGACGCUCUGUAUGGAUGCAGUGCAGAAGUGGGGACAACAAUAUGAUGUUCACAACCUUUUUGGAUACUCUAUGACCCUCUCAACACAACGAGCCGUUGAAACUUUGUUUCCUGGAAAACGAAGCUUCCUUCUUUCGAGGUCUACUUUUGCGGGAUCGGGAAAGUAUGCUGGACACUGGCUGGGAGAUAACGCAGCAACGUGGGACCACAUAAAAUGGGCGAUACCUGGAAUGCUGGAAUUUGGCCUCUUUGGAAUCCCUUAUAUCGGAGCAGAUAUUUGUGGUUUCUUUGAAGACGUCACAGAAGAACUUUGCAGACGAUGGAUGCAAGUGGGAGCAUUUUACCCAUUUUCCAGGAAUCACAAUACUGAAAAACGCAUACUCCAGGAUCCUGCUGCUUUUGGAGCUGAUUCAGUUUUGGUGAAAUCCUCAAAGCACUACUUGAAUAUCCGCUAUACGUUGCUGCCCUACCUGUAUACGCUCUUCUACAAAGCUCAUACCCAAGGAGACACGGUGGCACGGCCAGUUCUCCACGAGUUUUAUUCUGAUGAAGCAACGUGGAGUGUGGAUAAGCAGUUCUUGUGGGGUCCUGGGCUUCUCAUUACCCCUGUGCUUGAUCCAGGGGUGGACGUCAUCCGAGCGUAUAUCCCUGAUGCAGUCUGGUACGAUUAUGAUUCGGGUGCAAACAUCUGGUUGAGAAAACAGUGGACAGAUAUGUACCUUCCCGCAGACAAAAUGGGGCUUCACUUGAGAGGAGGCUACGUCUUCCCUUUCCAACAGCCGGCCACCACAACAGUGGCAAGCCGUAAGAAUCCUAUGGGGCUGAUCAUUGCACUGGACGACAAUAAGGAAGCAGUUGGAGAGUUAUUCUGGGAUGAUGGAGAAUCAACAGGUACUGUUAACAGCAAAUCCUACAUUUCCUAUGAUUUUAAAGUUUCCAAUAACGUUCUACAAAUGAAUGUCACAAACAACAACUACGCUGAUCCAAACAACCUGACGUUUGAAGAAAUCAAAAUACUGGGAUUGCUCCAAGAACCAGUGUCGGUUACUGUGUUGCAGAACAACGAUGUGCAAAAUUCUUCUCAUAAUAUCACCUAUAAUCCUGUAGAUAAGGUUGCUCUCAUAGAAGGACUCCAGCUCGAACUGGGAAAAUCGUACUUAUUAAGAUGGACGCUAGGAACCACUGUCAACGAAAAAUACAACUGUCAUCCCGGUCCGAACGCUUCCAAGGAAAAAUGUGAACAGCUCGGCUGUGUCUGGACUGUAAAUCUCUCCACUUUAAGAGUUCCAUACUGCUAUUACAACGGCCCUGACAACGCUUAUUCUGUUGCUGAUGUAAAAUACACGUCAUCAGGUGUGACGGCCAAUCUCACCUUCAACAAGAGCAAUGUCAAAGCCUACGGGAAAUCCACAUUGCCCAUCAGUACCCUUCGCCUGGAGGUGAAAUAUCACAACAACCAUAUGCUGCAAUUUAAGAUUUACGAUUAUGCAAAUGAACGCUAUGAGGUGCCGGUACCGCUAAAUGUCCCCAAGUCCCCAGAGAGCACAGUCAAGAAUCGACUUUAUGAUGUAACGGUUCAGAACAAACCAUUCGGCAUCCAGGUUCGACGCAGAAGCACAGGGACAGUGAUCUGGGAUUCUCAGCUACCGACUUUCACCUUCAGUGACAUGUUCAUUCAGAUUUCUACCCGUUUGGCAUCCCAAUAUCUGUAUGGGUUUGGUGAAACCGAACACACCAUGUUUCGACGUGACAUGAACUGGCACACUUGGGGAAUGUUCACCAGGGACCAGCCUCCUGGAUACAAGAUGAAUUCGUAUGGUUUCCAGCCAUUCUACAUGGGUCUUGAAGAAGACGGCAAUGCCCAUGGAGUUCUCUUGCUUAACAGCAAUGCAAUGGAUGUGACCUUCCAGCCCACGCCUGCUCUGACGUAUCGCACAACCGGGGGAAUUCUGGACUUUUACAUGGUUUUGGGCCCAACACCAGAGCUCGUCGUUCAGGAAUAUACUGCACUGGUUGGGCGACCAGUCAUGCCACCCUACUGGGCACUGGGAUUCCAGUUAUGCCGCUACGGAUAUGAAAAUGACACCGAAAUCGCCAAGUUGGUGGAAGACAUGAAAGCAGCCAGGAUCCCCUAUGAUGUCCAGUAUGCAGAUAUUGAUUAUAUGGAACGGCAACUGGACUUCACCCUUAACCCACGCUUCACUGGAUUACCAGCUCUAAUUAAUAAAAUACAAGAAGAAGGAAUGAGGUUUAUCCUAAUCCUGGAUCCAGCCAUAUCUGGUAAUGAAACCGAUUACCCCGCCUUCACCAGAGGUUUGGAGAAGGAUGUCUUCAUAAAAUGGCCCAAUACCAAUGACAUCAUCUACGCAAAGGUCUGGCCAGAUCUUCCCAACGUAGAAGUUAAUAACACACUGGAUUGGGAAACGCAAGUGGAGCUCUACCGAGCACAUGUAGCUUUUCCAGAUUUCUUCCGCAAUUCCACAACUGAAUGGUGGAUGAGAGAAAUCACUGAAGUCUACACAAACCCACACAAUGCAUCGAAAAGCUUGAAGUUUGAUGGCCUAUGGAUUGACAUGAACGAACCUGCAAGCUUCGUUAGUGGUGCCGUUGGUGGCUGUAGAAAUCAACAGCUAAACUUUCCACCAUAUGUACCCCAGCUAGGAUCUAGAUCCGAGGGAUUGAUUUUCAAAACGCUCUGCAUGGAAGGUCAGCAGUAUCUCCCAGACGGUUCCCCAGUCAGUCACUACAACGUCCACAACCUUUACGGCUGGGCACAAACAAAACCCACCCUCGAUGCCUUGCGGAAUAUCACAAAGGAGCGAGGCAUCGUCAUCACCCGUUCAACCUACCCCAGCAGCGGAAAGUGGUCGGGACAUUGGCUGGGGGACAACACAGCAGCCUGGAAUCAGCUCGAUAAAUCCAUCAUCGGUAUGAUGGAGUUUAGUCUCUUUGGCGUAUCUUAUACAGGAGCAGAUAUCUGCGGCUUCUUCGGGGACUCGGAGUACGAGCUGUGUGCUCGAUGGAUGGAGCUGGGUGCCUUUUACCCGUACUCGAGGAAUCACAACGGGAAGGGAGCCAAGAGGCAAGAUCCUGUUGCCUGGAAUUCCACAUUUGAAGACGUUUCCAGGAAAGUGCUAAAUAUAAGAUAUACCCUCUUACCUUAUUUGUACACGUUAAUGCACGAAGCCAACGCUCACGGCAGCACCGUCGUCCGCCCUCUGCUCCACGAGUUUGUGAGAGAGAAAACGACAUGGGAAAUACACAGACAAUUUCUGUGGGGACCGGCACUGCUCGUCAGCCCCGCGCUGGACCAGGGUGCUGUAGCGGUGAACGCUUACCUGCCGGAUGCCCGCUGGUAUGAUUACCACACAGGUGAGUACAUUGGCUUUAGGGGACAAUUCAGAAAUUUACCAUCUCCUUUGGAACACAUCAACCUCCGUAUCCGAGGCGGCUACAUCCUCCCUCAGCAAAGCCCUGCUACUACUACAUUUUACAGCCGAAGAAACCCGCUGGCGCUCACCGUUGCUUUGAAUGACAGUCAGCUUGCAGCAGGUCAGCUUUACUGGGAUGACGGGGGUGAGUACAUUGGCUUUAGGGGACAAUUCAGAAAUUUACCAUCUCCUUUGGAACACAUCAACCUCCGUAUCCGAGGCGGCUACAUCCUCCCUCAGCAAAGCCCUGCUACUACUACAUUUUACAGCCGAAGAAACCCGCUGGCGCUCACCGUUGCUUUGAAUGACAGUCAGCUUGCAGCAGGUCAGCUUUACUGGGAUGACGGGGUGCGCAUUGAUGCGUAUGAAGAGCGUGUAUAUCUGCUGACCUCUUUUACCGCUGAUCGGAAUAUUUUAGAGAUAAAGGUUUUGCACCGUGGUUAUGCCGAUCCGAACAAUUUGAAGUUUACUCGAAUUAAAAUUUUGGGGGUGACCUCAACCGUCCAGGAGGUGACGGUAUCGCAGAAUGGUGAAGCGAUCCAAUCUCCUCACGUUGCGUCUUACGACAGCCAAAACCAGGUCCUGGAAAUCACCCGGCUUGAACUUGAAUUAGGCAAAGACUACACAUUGAAAUGGAGCUAA